AUGGAAAUAUUUACUUUCUUGUGUACACGUGUUGAUCAUUGUUUGGUUUAUCCGCUUUUGGAUCCUUCCCACCGCCUCAAAAUAUCUUCGGUCAACGUUAUCUCUCUUUUCUUCCACAAACCUCCCAUCACUUUUUCGCCCCUGCUGUUUCUGCGUAGACCGAUUAUUAGUGGCGAGCAACUCAACAUCGAGGGGAUCGUGGUGCCUAAAGUAGUUGUCGUGUUCGCCGCCAGUGCAGUCGCUAGUGCCGGCGCGAAGCGCUUUAGAGAGCUGCAUUCACCCACCAGAAAAGCGCUUCAGAGAGCUAUGUUUUACUUCAAAGAACCGAUUCGGUGUCUGCUCAUCGGAUCUACUCGGAGCUUUCAAACAUCUUCACGUCCAAUCCUUGAUGCCUUCAUAAUCAAGGGGGCUAAGCGAGACUUUAGCACCACGAUUCUUGAGCGAAAGAAGGCGGCGAAUAGACUGACUGACUGGCGAUACCAUCCUGAUCAAGGUUCCUUUCUCUCCAUCAACAAAUUUCUAGUGGCACGCCAAGUAUACCGGUACCGGAAGGAUUUGAAUGAUGAAGCAUCCAAGCUUUAA